AUGAUGACCCAGCCGUUUCCUGCCCAUCAAGGCAUUCCCCAACACCCUGGAGUCCCCCCUGGCCAUCCAAUGGCCCAACCCCAGCACCCGAAUAUGGUCCAGCCUGGUAUGGUUCAACACAUGCACCCUGGCGUUUCCGCUGCUGGUGGUCCGCAAGUGAGUCAGCCUGGGCCCAUGAUGGCUGGUAUGCCUCCAGGCGCGACUACUGGCCCCGGUGGCCCAGUACCAAACGCACAUGCUCUGCAACACUUGAACCCAGCUGCCCAGGCGCAUCUCCUUCAGCAGCAGCCAUACGGGAUGAAUGUGUCGAAUAACAACCAAUUGCUCCAACAACAAGCCAUGGUCCGACAACAGCGAAUGCUCCAGCAGCAGCACUUGGCGCAACAGCAGCAACACCAUGCAGGUGGUAUACCGGUCUCGAUGCCUGCAGGAACACAGGGCCUCAACCAAGCCCAGUUAUCCGCCAUGCAGAAUCCCAACAUGCGUGGCCCGGUCAAUAUGAUGCACUUCCAGCAACAGAUGCAGCAUAUGCCUCCCAAUAUACAGCAGCAACAGCAGUAUCUUGCCAUGCAGGCUCAGGCGCAAGCUCAAGCUGCCGCUGCACAAGCGCAAGCAGCAGCACAGGCAAACAGUCAACAGGGCCAGCAUACACCGCAACAACGAGCUGCCGCCGUACCACCUCAGAGCGUCACUCCUCAACCACAACAGGGCCCCCAAGGACCUCCUGGAAGCGCUACGCCUUCACAGCAAUCCAACCCCCCACAACAUUCAACCCCACAACCUCCGUCUCAUCAGGGUUCGCAACCACCACAGUCGACGCCUAACCCUCAACACCAACAGAUCCCACAAGCUCAGCAGGCAAUGGCUCAGCAACAGUCACAACAACAGGCUCAAGUGAACCAACAGCAACAGCAGGUACAGCAGCCCCAAGCGCAGCCGCAGAAUGGCCAGCCACAAGUGACACAGGCCCAGCAAGCCCAAUUAAACCAGCAACAACAAGCCAUGGCGACCCCGGAGCAGUUGAAAUUGCAGCAGCAGAUGAUGAUAGAACAGCAAAGACGUGCAGCAAGCAUGAACUCCUUUUUGCAGAACAAAGGACAAUUGACACACUAUGUCAAUAGCUACUUUGAGACCCUAAGCACAUUCCAGAGUAAUGGUGAAGAUGCCGACCUUGUUUAUUGGCAGGAAGUUGUAAACAAAUACUACAACACUACAUUUCAGCCAAUGACUGGUCAACCUUGGGGUGUUUUGCGUCAAGGUGUCUUGACAGCAGGAACUGGAUCCAAGUCUUUCGAGGUCAACGCAACCAUUCUGCCUCGUUAUUACGUCACGCUCUUCAAUAAUGGCAUCAGACGGAUACAAACGCACAUGGAAGCCACGCAAGAAUUCGUUCCUUCAAAUGGUUAUCGUGUGGUGUAUAGCCCCAAGGCUAGCUUUAUUUACUGGUUUGCCAAUGACUGUCAGCUCUUCGUCAAUGGGUCGCUCAAGGUUCUUGUGAAUCCAGAUUACAAGUUUGAUCUGGUCGAUAUCUCGGUAACAGGGUUUCGAGAAUUCAUACCCCGCAGCCUUCUCCAACAACCGGAACCGAUUGAUCAAAAGCCGAGCCCGCGUGUGGCUAAGAAUGCCAGCAAAAGGAUGCAGAAACAACAGCUGGCCCCGCCAAUCAUUUCCCCUCCAGAGUCAUUGGUGAACGAAAACGGACUUCCGCAUAGCGUCCAGUGCUUCCUCGAGAUAGCAGAACCUUUGUCAUAUAUGACUAGCCUGAUCAGUCACAGUGCCAGCAACCCCCAUAAAAGUGCCAAUGAGCUGCUUCGAGAUGUGACCGCAUUGAUUAGUCAAUCAGGGAUGAAUCCUGGCGCUCUUCAGGCUCAAGGUCAACGUACGCCUAGUCUCAACGGACCCUCUCAAUUCGCUUCCCCAUCUGUCGUUAAUAUGGGCUUGCCCGGGGCGCAAGCCUCUCCGCAUCUGGGACACUCCGCCCAUCCGAGUCCGGCCCAAAACCAUCUCAUGGGACCUGGAAUGAUUCCUCAGCAAAGCCAAGGUUCUUUGGCAGCAAAUGGCAGCCAAGGUGCCAGUGCAAACACGAGCCCUAAUGUUUCCAACAAGCGCCGACGUGCCAGCACUGUGAAAACCGAGGGUGACGAUGGCGUUGAAGUCAAUGGAGCUGGUCCCACCGGUGCUGCAAAAGUCAGAGCAAGCCCCAAGGUUGGUGGUAAAAGACAUAAAGGCACUGCGUAG